AUGUCCGCAGCCAAGUCUGGGGUUUGUUCCCAACUGGUGGUUCUCUGCUCUCUCUGCCCCCAGCUGCCUGUGUCAGGGAAUCUGAUUGAUGUGUACAGUAGUCAAGGCGUGGCCACGCCAGCCAUCACUGUCAGCAACUCCUGCCCAGCUGAGCUGCCUAACAUCAAACGGGAGAUCUCCGAGACCGAGGCAAAGGCCCUUUUGAAGGAACGGCAGAAGAAAGACAAUCACAACCUAAUUGAGCGUCGCAGGCGAUUCAACAUUAACGACAGGAUCAAGGAACUGGGCACUCUCAUCCCUAAGUCCAGUGACCCGGAGAUGCGCUGGAACAAGGGCACCAUCCUGAAGGCCUCUGUGGAUUAUAUCCGCAAGCUGCAGAAGGAGCAACAGCGCUCCAAAGACUUGGAGAGCCGGCAGCGAUCCCUGGAGCAGGCCAACCGCAGCCUACAGCUCCGAAUUCAGGAGCUAGAACUGCAGGCCCAGAUCCAUGGCCUGCCGGUACCUCCCACCCCAGGGCUGCUCUCCCUGGCCACGACUUCGGCCUCUGACAGCCUCAAGCCAGAGCAGCUGGACAUUGAGGAGGAGGGCAGGCCAGGCGCAGCAACGUUCCAUGUAGCGGGGGGACCUGCCCAGAAUGCUUCCCAUCAGCAGCCCCCCGCACCGCCCUCGGAUGCCCUUCUGGACCUGCACUUUCCCAGCGACCACCUGGGGGACCUGGGAGACCCCUUCCACCUGGGGCUGGAGGACAUUCUGAUGGAGGAGGAGGAGGGGGUGGUGGGAGGACUGUCGGGGGGUGCCCUGUCCCCACUGCGGGCUGCCUCCGAUCCCCUGCUGUCUUCAGUGUCCCUGCUGUCUCCAAGGCCAGCAGCCGCCGCAGCAGCUUCAGCAUGGAGGAGGAGUCCUGAUCAGGCCUCACCCCUUCCCUGGGAUUUCCCACCCAGGAAAGGAGGAUGAGUCAGGAUAAGGCCCUGCCUUUUCCCCCACCCUCCCAUGAGACUGCCCUGCCCAGGUAUUCUGGGGGAAGAGGAGAUGUGAUCAGGCCCCAUCCCUGUAAUCAGGCAAGGAGGAGGAGUCAGAUGAGACCCUGCACCUUCCCCAAAGAAACUGCCCAGUGCAGGUAUUUCAGAAGGAGAAGGCUGGAGAAGGACAUGAGAUCAGGGCCUGCCCCCCACCUCCCUGGGGAUCACAGCCUCACCCCUGCCCCUGUGGGACUCAUCCUUGCCCAGGUGAGGGAAGGAGACACAAUGAGGCCUCGCCCCUGUCCCCUAGGGACUGUCCUAGCCAGGUCUCCUGGGAAAGGGAUAUGUCAGGAUGAAGCUCCAUCCUUUGUCUUGGAACCACCAGACUAGUCCAUCCUGGCACAGAAGAGGAGUCAAGUAAUGGAGGUCCCAGCCCUGGGGGUUUAAGUUCUGUCCCUUCCCCAUGAACCCUGCCCUGCCCUGCCCAGGCAAGGAACAGAAGCGAGGAUGAGACCCGGCCCCUUCCCCUGGGAACUCUCCUGGCCUUCGAGGAAUGGAGGAGCCAGGCCCCACCCCUUCCCUAUAGGAACAGCCCAGCACAGGCACUUCAGGUGUGGAAUUAUCAGUAGGACCAGGCCACCGCAGGACGUGGAGAUCACAGCCCCACCCUUGUCCCUCAGCAACACCCCAUCUAAGCAUUCCACACUGCAGGGAGGAGUGGCACUUAAGCUCCCCCGCCUUAACCUGGGACCAAUCUGACCUAACCUAGGAGAGCUCUGAGCUAACCUUGCUGUUGGGGAAGGGGACAGAUGAUGAAAUUUCAUGGGUGAAUUUUCCAGACCUAGAUCUGGAGUGAGAGUUAGACCCCCACCCUUGGGCAGAGUUCUGCCUUCUUACUUGAGGGGCAGUUUGGGAAGGUGAUGGGGAUUAGUGAGGGACUGGGUCCAGGUUACCAGAACCAGUACCCCAGUAUUCUUUUUCAACAUGUAGAACAACAGGAUGAAGGAAGGGGCUAUCCUGGGAGCUCCCCAGCCCAGGAAAAUCUGGAAGCCUUCCCCCAGCAAGGCAGAGGCUUGGAGGAGGGUUGUAAAAGCAUAUUGCACCUCUUCAUUUGUUUAUCUGAAUUUUUUAUUGUUUCCCAUACUGCGAAUCUAGGUCACCUCAACCUCUGUCCCCCACCCAGUUCUUCAUUUGGAGGAAUCACCCAAAUGAUUUCAGAGUUAUCAAGAGACACUCCCCCCGCAAUUCCCACCCCUCAUACCUACACCCAAGGUUGUCAGCUUUGGAUUGCUGGGGCAAAGCCCCAGGGAGGGUAUACUGAGGGGUCUAUAGAUUUGUGAUUAAAAUAAUAAAAGCUAGGCGUGUUUGAUGCGCUUUUAACUUUGGCAAA